UUGAACUCAAUUGAUGAGUGAAAAUGUGUUCACUUUUAUGACAAUUAGUGACAAUUUGUGACAACAAUUAGUGGACACCUGUUAUGAUGAAUGACUUGAAAGACCAGAAUUCACUGCAUCUGAGUUGGUGUGAUAGCCAAUGGCUACCAGUGCUCAACCAACACAAUGUCUUGGAGUACUUCAGCGAGAGAUCCAAUCCCUUCUAUGACAGGACGUGUAAUAACGAGAUCCUGAAGAUGCAGAGACUGGCCAUUGAACAGCUCAGCAAAUUCCAGGGCAUUGAGUACAUCCUCCUCCACUGUCAGGAGCCCAUCCUGUAUGUGAUCCGAAAGCAGGACCGCCAGACCCCCACUCAGGCCACCCCUAUCGCCGACUACUACAUCAUCGCUGGUGUCGUAUAUCAGGCGCCGGACUUGCAUUCACUCAUAAACUCGCGGAUCCUCUCCACUGUCCACCACUUGUCCUCCGCUUUCGAUGAGUCCUAUUCCUACUCCAGAUAUCAUCCGUCGAAAGGCUAUUGGUUUGAGUUCAGCAAAGAUGGCGACAAAGACGGCAACAAAGAGAAGAGCGAUAAGACAUCGAAGGAGAAGAACAAAGAGGAGAUGAAUAGCAGCACUAAAUUCCAGCGCAAGAGAGUCGACAUCUUGUUGUCUGAAUUGACCAAAAACAGCACUAAAUUCCAGCGCAAGAGAGUCGACAUCUUGUUGUCUGAAUUGACCAAAAAGUUUCCGCCGAAACUCAUUCAACAGACACCACAACAGCCGCCGACCGGCGAUAAGGCGAGCGCUAACUCCUCCCAAAACUCGACUGAAGCCGAGACCAAAGUGGAGGUUAAAGUGGAAAAGGCUGAGUCCAUUGCCGCCCCAUCCCAGACCGCACCGGCACCUAAUGCCCGACGAAUGGCUGACACACCCGGCGCCGGACCACCCGAGAAGAAGCAGAGACUUAAUUGA